AUGAGCGAGGAUGGAACCCUUGACAUCACGGAUGCUUCCGAAAGCAGUCGCACCUCCAAGCAGUUGGAGGAGCUCAGCAUCUCCUCCCCCAACUUGGAACACGUCAACCAGCACAUCAUGCAGAAGUUCGAAUCGCUGGAGGCACACGCCGCCAUCGAGAGUCUCAAGGGCGAAAUGGAGGUCCUCCGGCAGAUGAGAGCCUUGGGGUACGGAGGCCUUCGAAUUUACCAUGAGGCCUUGAAGCUGACUGAGCCCUGCAGAGAAGAAGGCAAGUUACUCGCACGAAGCGGAGCGCUAGCA